UAAUUUUAUAAAAUUCAUUUUUGGAAAAUUUCUAAAAUAGAUUUUGAUUAAUUUUUUUCUUAGUUUUCCUCAAGGAAAGAAGAUUUUUCCAAUUCUUCUAAUCUCCCAAUCUUUUUAAUGAGUUUUUCGCACUAGACCUACCAGGCGCCUCCAUUUCGAUAUACCUACAUUGCUUUUAAAGUUUUUACUGAUUUUUUAAUUCUUUUCUCCUCAAUAUCAUGUGAAAAGUGUCUCAAUAUUUCGACAAUUUUGCAUAUUUUUAAUGCUUUUAAUGAUUUUCUUUCUUUCACGGGGCAAACGCUUUAAUUUCUCACAAAAAUAUUGCGCAAACUUUCAUUCUCUUCUCACAUAAUUCGCAAUGAACUUGCUCUUGUGCUCGAUAUAUUUAAGGUUGUUUGGAUUAUGCAAACACAAAACCGGUGAGGAAAAUUAGAUAAUUUGGACAGUGUUCCUAUUCUUCUCUGCUUCUUGUUUUCGGCCACAUUGUCCAUAUAAAACCCUCAGCAUGUGCAAUCAUUCCAUUUAAUCGUACCUCAUGUGCUCUUGCCGCCACAGUGAUGGAAAGAAUUUUCCUCUUUGCAAUUUUUGUGCUUUUAAUCAUUUUCAUUUCGUGCACUUCUGCACAGAAUGUUUCUUCCGUUUUGGUGUCAAGGAGUGUGAGAGAUGUGACUAGUGAUGUGGGUUCUUAUCCUGAGGGACGACAUGCAAAUAUUAUUCACGUUUUCCCGCCAAGAAGGCGCAAAAGACGUCGUCGUCGUUGCCUCCGGAGGAGACCUCGACCGUACUACGAUAGACUUGAUGUGAAUUCCAAUAAAAUGCUCUACAUGGAUUCCCCAUGGAUUGAUGGGCAGUACCAGAAACACUUCACAGUUAUCCCUCUAAUUGAAUCAGCAAAAAUGAUUGGAGAUGGCACAAAAUUCAUCCCAAUUGCCAUCAUAAAGCACGAUCCUUGGGGCAAUCAGGCACGGAAUAGUUAUCGCGGAAGCUCAUUUCCCAAUCACUACGUUAACCUAAAGCAUGGCACCGCUAAAGGUGCCAAAGUUAAUCCUCAAUUCUCGUACAAUGUUAAAUUUGAGGACUUCCCUCGAUUCCAGCAAAACUCAUGGGAUAAUGUAAAAAUAACUCAAGAACAAUCAGCGAUCCUGAAGAAAGUGCGAAAGUAUGCUGAACCAGGAUGGGGAGAUAACUUCAUUGCACAAGAACCCGUACCCGGACAGAUCCUCUAUCAACCCAUAUCACCACAAUACCUCCCCAUACCCCUGCUGGAUGGCCCCAAACAAAAUCCCGACGUCCAACAGGGAGGAUUUCGUGGUGCAACAAAUGAAGAUCGAUGGAGUCGUUUGAGGCCCAGCGGAGUUGAUCGAGUGAAGGAUUUUUACGAGCAUGACAUUCCUCGCACCCCGUCGUCAAAUGCAAGCCGUGGAGAAUUUUAUGAGGAUCAAAUCCAUAAAAAUCACCGUCAUUAUCUCGCGAGAAAUUCCUCCAUGGCUCGCCACAGUGAGAGCAUUAAACCUGUUUAUGAGGAUGUGGACGAGGGACGCAAUACAUAUCGUUCGUCUUAUCGUGCAACACCCUUCCUGGCCAUCGAGACGGCAACAGUGACCAAGCGACCAACUGUCUUCGUUACACCGCGGUCAGUGAACUCCACGAAGGACAAAUCGGUGAAGAUCAUGAAGAUGUCCGGCCACAUGGGGACAAAUUACUCAAAGGCUCACCCAAUUUAUGAGACAGCGGACAAGAGGAUGGGCGAGAUGAAGCUGAGGCAGAUACCAAUUCCCACGAAGAUGAUGCCAUCCCGAUGGGGUCCAGUUAAUGUUAACACAACGAUCGCUCCUGCCGUUCAGCAAUCGGAUCGAUACUCAAUUGUGGACGUAAAGCCGAAUAUUUCAUUGGUUGCUAUCCCUUCGAAAAGGACUUUCACAAAUCCAGCAUGGAAGGUGGCAAAGCCAAGAAUGGCUCCAAAGGAUGGAAAUCGAAAGCUGUGAAAAUUAUGCCAAUUCUGUGGCUGAUUUUUGUGGUUUCAUUGUGGGAACUGCAGGUAUCGUGAUUGCUGGCAAAAAAAAAUGAAAGGAAAGGUGUUUGAGCGACAUGGACAUUCUUGUAAAUAUGUGCAAAAUUAAAAAAAAUAUAAUAAAGAAAAGUAACGAAAUGCGA